AUGAUAUACCCACCUUUCUUUGCUCAGUCAAAUCGGCAAAAACAGCAAAUGAUAAUGCAAGCAGAUUUCAGUUUCUACGAGAAGACAUGGAAGAAUAUUUCUCAAUCAGCUAAGGAUUUAAUCAACUCUCUCCUGGCGGUUGAUCCUGAUAAAAGACCCACUGCUCAGCAGCUUCUCCAGCAUCCAUGGGUUAUAGGCGAUUCAGCGAAGCAGACUGAAAUUGACCCCGAAAUAGUCUCAAGACUCCAAAGCUUCAAUGCUCGUCGCAAACUCCGAGCAGCCGCAAUAGCAAGCGUGUGGAGCACCACGGUUUUCUUGAGAAGCAAGAAACUUAAGUCUUUGUUAGGCUCCUACGACCUUAAGGAGGAAGAAAUUAGCAAUCUCAGAACCCAUUUCCACAAAAUAUGCGCCAAAGGUGACAAUGCGACUUUGUCAGAAUUCGAGGAAGUGCUGAAAGCAAUGAACAUGUUCUCACUUAUUCCUUUGGCACCUAGAAUAUUUGAUAUUUUCGACAAUAAUCGUGAUGGAACAGUCGAUCUCAGAGAAUUACUUUGCGGAUUAUCAACUCUUAGAAACUCUCGAGGAGAUGAUGCUCUCCAUCUUUGUUUCGAGAUGUAUGACACUGAUCGAUCGGGAUGCAUCACCAAGGAGGAGGUAGCGUCGAUGCUGAGAGCUUUGCCUGAUGACUGCCUUCCAGUAGACAUUACAGAACCUGGUAAGUUAGACGAGAUAUUUGACCUGAUGGAUGCAAACAGCGAUGGCAAAGUCACCUUUGAUGAGUUCAAAACUGCAAUGCAAAGAGAUAGCUCUCUCCAAGAUGUGGUCCUCUCCUCUCUUCGUCCCUAG